CCAACACGAACCCCUCCGUCUCUCUCCCUGUGGCUUCCGCGGGAAGACGCGGCGCGGCGAGGCUAUGUGGCCACCGGCGGCGGCGGCAGUCGCGGCGGCGUGUAUCUGCCGUCGGGGCAUGCCUCCGACGAACCACCAGGGUUCUCUGUUUUUUUGGUUCAAAAUCCAGAAGCUCCUCCAAUCACCAUUACGUAGAGCAUGUAAAAAGUUUACAAAAGAGAGUCAAUUCCUGCUGUAAUCCAAUUGAUCCCGGCUUCUUAUUCAAGUGACAGUUGCUUCACUAUGAUAUUUGGCAAGCUAGGACACUACCAUGAAAAUCUUCUGGCCGAGUGAUAUAGAGGCUGGAGAUUUAAAUGCUUCCAUUAUCUAAAGAAGUUGCGAAGGAAAAAAAAAGGCAAGAAAAUAAAGUAUGUCGAACAGCAAUGGAAGUACCGUCUACUGUUUUCUGAAAUCUCCAACAAAAAUGUUACUGCGUCAUCCUUCUCCAACAUGCUCCUUUAUCCCUCUUGACCAUAGUUAUUAUCAAUUAUUGUCGCAUAUACCGGCCCCAACAAGUUUCAGAGAGUUCAGUGAAGUUGUGGUAAAGUACAAAGAGCGUCACUUGGAGAUGAAGCCACUCGAGUUCCUUGCUGCUGCAUCUAUUCUAUGCACAUGUUUGCAAACUGCCGCGUCAAAAUAGAUAUUCAUCAAUCAUUUCAAAUUAUUUUCAGAGCUCAAUUUGGAGGUAUUACUAUUAUGACAAUGAUUUAUGAUAGUGAUACUAAGCUGCUGAAUAAUUUGGUAGAUACCACACCGUUAAGUAAGAUGUUGGCCAAUUGAUAAGAAGGCUAUCUUUGCUAUGCAUAAAAGCGUGUCAUUCGAGAGUGAGGUUUAUAUUAAUAUAGUUUUUUGAGUUGUUGAGCCAUUCAAUGAUAUGCUAACCACUGUACUCCCCCAGUCCAAAGAAGUUGGUAAGAUGCUUAUCUUAUUGCAGUUAUACAAGUAUAAUCCUCUGAUCACCAGUAUCUUCCAGUAAGUAUUCUAACAGCUCAAUCUUUUGUAAAACAAAAAAAAUAACGAAGAAAAAUAAUAAUCAAUCAUUCCAUGGUGCUGAAACUCAUAUACACUGCACUUUUUCCCUACCUUUCUGCCUAUCUUUUUCCUUUUUUCUAUUCUCUUCUCUUCUUUAAGAAGAGUUUUUAUGCAUAUGCUUUGUCUCUUUAUGGCAGGCCAUGCAAAGAUUAGGCUAAGUCCACCACUCCAGACGAGUGUUGAGGCGGUGGCUGGUGCAGUGGCGUUGCUGGUGGCGGCAGCAGAGCAGCGAUCCACGUGGGCAUCUACCUAAUCCCUGGGACCCGCGGUUCAUACACAGGUGGCUUAUGUGGUGUCCGCCUGCCCGGGGUGACGUCGUGAUGACGCGGUUCUGCAUCCUUGUGUCACAGGAACAUUGAGAGGGAACAGCUCGACAUGCUCUUCAAAUCAAUGGCGAUCUCCCCGUUGGCGAAAUGGACACUCCACUGGUCGCUGGUCUUCUGAUCGACGAUGGCUUGAUCAGUUGAUGUUUGUGCAUAUGAUGUUGUCACCGUUGAACUGCUUAUUACUAGUAGCUGCUAGCUAGCCUAUCACAAGUGUUGCUGUCUCUGAUAUCUUUGCUCCCGUGUCAGCAGGGCAAAAGAUGCGCCUAAUCGACGCACACAUCAACGACCGACCGACGUCGGAGCCAAACUGGCGUGAGUAGCAAAAUUUGAAUUUUAGAUUUUAAAUGAAAAGUGGAUUUUGAUGUAUUCUUUUAUCGUAAUUUAUUUUUCACCAUUGACUUUUAAUUCACUAGAAAUAUACUACUCCAUCCGCCCAUUUUAAGUGCAACCAUAAGUUUCCGCACUCAACUAACUUUGAUCAUCCGUCUUAUUUGAAAUUUUUUUAUAAUUAGUAUUUUUGCUGUUAUGAGAUGAUAAAACAUGAAUAACACUUUACUUGUGACUUAUGUUGGGAGCGUUCAAAUAAGACGGACGUUCAAAGUUGGAAGCGAAAAACCAUGGCUGCACUUAAAAUGGGACAUAGGGAGUAAAAAAAUUUUAGGCUUACAGUCAGCUAUAGACAAAACGAUGAGGAUGCUGCUAACUGCAACGGCGUCACUGCGUCAAGGUCCUCGGGCUAAGCCUAUCUUUUUCUCUGCUGAGUCUACUUGUGUCCUAUAGAUCUGAGGCUGAGGUAUCGUUUUCUUCAAACCUAUGACGGUGUCGACAAGAACUCUGGAAGAUCGCUAGCACAGUAAUACUAUACCGAAAAGAUAUGUCGACAUCCAUUUCCUUGAGUAUGUAGGCUAUUACUAGCUUUAGAGGUCGCGGUGUUGGUUUUUCUUCGCCCUGUCCAUUGUCUAAUGUCCAUUAUUUUCUAACUGUCAAAAUCUCUGCUUCCCUGUGGAAAAGACGGCCGGAGAUGUUAGUUGAACGUGGGGUGUUUGGAUGAGCCUAAACAUGUUAUCGGCGUUGUUACGGCUUGUUUGAGUUUGAAUUUUAGAACUUAAUCGUGUAUUUUCUUUUGGUCUGUUUUGUUAUUCAUAGCAUCCAAAAAUACCUUUGAUCAGGUAAGCUCUAAAACGUUGGACGAGUUUGGUAAAUGAUGGUGUAAAAUCCUGGAGAACACUGGAGGGACCAUAUGGAAUCUUUUCAGCACGACUCCUUGCAACGCUAUGUCAUUAGAGAGGUAGCGAUGGUAUCUGCCACCACCACCACUAUCACUGACAUGUGGGCCAUGAUAUAGCAUAACAAAUAUCACUGACAUGUGGGCCAUGAUACAGCAUAACAAAUGUGAAUGUUCUGCUCUUUGUAUACUUGCAUAGGCUGAGAAGAGGACAUUUGGAUUUUGGUGAAUAUGUAUGUUCUUUAAUUUUCUAAGCACGUCACUUUUCUUUUCUUUUUUAUUUUUACCGUGAAAGAUAUUGUUUCAACCAACUGAAAAUAUUUUUUUUAAAAAAAACUUAUUUUUUCUAUUUUCAAUAAUUUGUUGCAACGCAUGGACAUUUGCCUGUUCUCUAAAGAAACUACACAAACCUCAAAAACUAAAAUGGAAGAACAAAAAUAAAACGUGGGCCUGAACUUUAUUUUGGUUCAAGAAUCAAGGCCCAAAAUAGGCCCAUGUAAAAAUAUCCAGCUCUGCAAUACCCACCCCGCCUGAAGGGACACUCCCCACCCUCCCUUCCCGCCACCAUGGCGGCCGCCGCCGCCGCCGCCGCCGCCGCCUCAACCGCGUCCUCCAUCUCCGCUCUUGUCGCCGCCGGCCGUCUCUUCGCCGCCCUCGACGCCCUCCCCCCGUCAUACUCCUCCUCCCAGGUCCCUUCCGCGGUCUACGCCUCCCUCCUCCGCCUAGCCACCUCCCACCGGUCACUCGCCGCCGCCCGCCGCAUUGCCACCCACCUUGCAUCCUCCACUGCACCCUCCACCUCCCAUUCCUUUACCGCCACCUCCACCUUCCUCUUCAACCGCGCCGUCGAGUCGCUCGCCGCUUGCGGCAGCCUCACCGACGCGCGGAAGCUGUUCGACGCAAUGCCGCGCCGGGAUGGUGGUUCUUGGAACGCCAUCAUCUCGGCUUACUCCCGUGGGGAGGAACCCACUGAAGCGAUUUCCCUUUUCUCUGCCAUGAACUCCUGUGGCGUUCGCCCCAAGGACGUCACUCUGGCAUCGGUGCUCGGGUGUUGCGCCGAGUGCCUGGACCUCCAUGGUGCCCGGCAGCUCCAUGGCCAUAUCGCCAAGAGGGACUUUCAGUCAAAUGUGAUUCUUGGCACGGCACUGGUUGACGUGUAUGGGAAGUGCUUUGCCCUUUCAGAGGCAAGGAGGGCAUUUGAUGGCAUCCCAAAACCCAAUGACAUCUCGUGGAAUGUCAUUAUUCGGCGCUAUCUUCUUGCUGGGAUGGGGGAUAUGGCAAUUGACAUGUUCUUUCGGAUGGUCUGGGCAGGAGUUAGUCCACUUGUUUAUACUGUCUCACAAGCACUUCUUGCUUGCCGAGAUAAUGGUGCGCUUGAAGAGGGAAGGCGCAUACAUACUUUUGUGCUCCGACAUGGGUAUGAGCAGCACGUGCAUGUGAGGAGCUCUGUUGUGGAUAUGUAUGCGAAGUGUGGUGCCAUUGAUUUAGCCCAGAGGCUCUUCGACUUGGCACCAGUGAAGGAUAUCGUAAUGUCUACUUCAAUUGUGUCAGGAUUGGCUUCCUGCGGGAGGAUUACUGAUGCAAAGCGGGUGUUUGAAGGGAUGGAAGAACACAAUUUAGUGUCCUGGAACGCUAUGUUAACUGGUUAUGUCAGAUCCAUGGAUCUGACUAGUGCCUUGCAAUUGUUCCAGCAGAUGAGGCAGGAGACGAAGGAGCUUGAUGCUGUUACUCUCGGCUGUGUGCUCAAUGCUUGUACUGGGCUUCUUGAUCUUGGGAAAGGUGAGGAGGUCCACACUUUCGCUUUCAAGAGUGGUUUUAUUGGUUAUCCUUUCCUGAAGAAUGCUCUCUUGAGGAUGUAUUCCAAAUGUGGAUGCUUAAGGAGUGCCGAACGGCUUCUUCUAUUUGAGAUGGGAUCAGAAAGAGACAGUUACUCCUGGAACUCGCUUAUCUCAGGUUAUGAACGCCACUCCAUGAGUGAAGCAGCUCUGCUUGCACUCAGUGAGAUGCAUUAUGAGGCGACACCUAACCAAUCGACGUUCAGCUCAGCACUGGCAGCCUGUGCCAACAUAUUUCUCCUUAAUCACGGGAAGCAGAUUCAUGCAUACAUGAUCAGGAACGGUUAUGUGAUUGAUGAUAUACUGCAAAGUGCACUUAUUGACAUGUACUCCAAGUGUAGAUUGUUUGAUUACUCCAUGAGGAUCUUUGAGGCAGGACCAUCUCAAGAUGUCAUCCUCUGGAAUUCGAUGAUCUUUGGAUGUGCUUAUAAUGGCAAAGGCGAGUAUGGGCUUGAAUUGUUCUUUGAAAUGAGCAAGCAGGGGAUUACACCAGACUCUGUCACUUUCCUCGGUGCACUGGUUUCAUGUAUAAGCGAAGGGCACGUCGGGUUGGGACGGAGUUAUUUCACCCAGAUGACUGAUGAAUAUAACAUCGUGCCUCGCAUUGAGCACUAUGAAUGCAUGAUUGAGCUGUUGGGCAAGCAUGGCUACAUGGUUGAGCUUGAGGAUUUUAUAGGUCACAUGCCAUUCGAGCCAACAACUGCGAUGUGGUUAAGGAUCUUUGACUGCUGCAGGGAAUACGGGAACAGAAAGUUAGGGGAGAGGGCUGCCCAGUGCAUCAAUGACAGCAAUCCCCUGACACCAGUUCGAUUUGAGAUUGCUCCAGACUACAAAUACUGUGAUGAUGACAGCGAUGAGUCAAUGUCAGUGAGCUGGGAGGGUUAAAACUAGUAGUAAGAAUUAUAGCUGGCCCUCUGAUUUCGGUCAAAUUGACAAAGAGAGGGCCAAAGUGCUAAUGGACAAGCUGAAUCAAUGGGAUGAACUCAUAAAAUAAUUUUUCAGCUUCCUUUAAGCUGAUAGUGUCCAUGUUGACAGGACUCUGCUUAGAUAAGCUGAAACAAUCGUUGUGGGGUAUCAGGAGUUGAAGACCCCAAGCUCCCUCCGUGCUUGAAUUUGAACACGAUUUGGUAAAAUUCUUGUGUUCUCGUGGCCGAGAAUUACCUACUGCUGACUUCCAGAAUUUUGGGGUGUUGCUUUCUGAUUGUAAACUUAUUCCAUGAGGGAGCUAUCAACAAGCAAAUGGCAAGGUCUAGUGGAGCUUUGCUACUACUGCCUCCAUUCUAAAAUAUAAGAAGUUUUAGGGUUAAACACAUGUAUUAAAAAAGUUGGUAGAAUUAAACGGAAGAAUGUUGUGAUUAAUUGAAAAGAAGAGAUAGGAAGGGGAUUUUAAUGGUGGAAUGUUGUGAUUGGUCAACAAGGGAAUGUAGGUGAAGAGGUUGUUAUAUUUUUGCGACAAAUUUCAAGUACUAGAAGUUGAGUACUUGUUUAUGUAAUAUAUGAAUGCCACUUUGCUCCUGGUGCCUUGUGUUAAUUGUACAUAAUUCCACUUUCUGUGUGGAAACAGGUCAACAACUGGUUGGCAAUGCGGAAGAAAUAUGCAAUAGGAUGACAGCUUCAUGUA